ACUCGUGCCGGACCCCUCGCGACUAGAAGCACUCCUACGUGACUGUAAUAAAAACAUAAUGUCAAAUUUAUCUAUACUUCUCGUAGCGCUUCACUGUACUGUAUACAUUUAUUCUAAAAUCAGCGGCGUGGAUUCAAGACCGCCAGACUACGAACCGACCGGACCGUUCACCGACGACGCCACAGAAGCGACAAGAGCUGUGAGCGAAUAUAAAGAAAACCUUCAAAGACAAGUCGUGCCCAUUUUGAAGAGAAAGUUCAACCGUCUUCCAGGCGUAUGCAGACGUCUGAAAAGGAGGAGGAUAACCAUUCUGUGUAACACAGCAAAGUUCUGUUCUGCGAUGACACGUUCUCAGCAUGGCCACAUCUGCUCCUGUCCAAAAGGAUCAAAGUGCACUCAUUUCUUUUUAUGGAGUUUGUGACCCUCUUUUUUUUUAAACUUUCAUCACACAGUACAUCAUUUUCCAUCAUGACAGAAUCAUGCGACACCAGACAAACUAGGGCAGACCAUUGCUUUUUCCCCAUUUAUUCCUCAGUUCAUCAUCAACACAGGACAGGAAAUGUCACUCGUCUUUCAUAAAAAUACACCUUUUACAUUUUAAGUAGAUCAUUAAAAUCAGUUAUGGGACAGUUGAAUCAAAUUCACAUGGUUUUCUUUUAAACUUGUGGAGUUAAAAAAACAACAAAAAAACAAAACACACCAAUCAGCCUUAAUAAAAAGGCAUUAUUCUGUCAAACCAAUCAUAAUGUAAAUAAACUUAUGGGGAAAAGAUAGAAAUGUACCUCUGUACCCAAAACCAGGAGAGUAAAGUCUUUCUGAAGAUGAUGGCACAGAAUAUCACCUUCAAUAAACAAGAUGCAGAUCCAAUAUUGAAUUUUGCUGUGAAGUGCUUGCAAAAUAAAGAAACAAAAAUAAUAAAAAUAUAAAAAGGUGGGUUGAUUUCAGUAC